AUGAAAGCGAUACUACCGGCAACAACGGCAGAUACAGCUCCGGAUGAUACGAAGACGUCGUGGGAAAACUGGAUGCGAUGGAGUCAUCAUCACAACCACAACAUAUCGUCGUCUGAAUCGUCUUCAAAAUCGUACGAAGCGCUCUCAGAAGAUUUGAUGAUACGAAAGAACGAUACGAGCGUGGCACAGUCGUUGAAACAAAUAGAAUUAGACGUCACCCGAACCUUUCCGAACGACAAGGAUUUCGUUCACAACGGACGAAUGAUUCCUCCUCUGAGACGCAUUUUACAAGCUCUGAGCGCAUCUGAUGCCGUGAAAGGGUACACGCAAGGCAUGAACUUUCUGGUUGGGUUUCUUUUGAAACAACAGACGAUGAUGAUGCAGAUGCCCACAUCGUCAGCGAGCGAAGCGGAGUGUUAUUCUUUGAGCAAAACGUUCAUCGAACACGUUUUGACCGGGUAUUAUUUCAUCAGCGAGAAGAAGAAAAGCGAGGAAAACGCUGAUUGGUUCGCGUUAAAGAGAGAUUUGAAAGUUUUGGACGAGAAAACGAAACGUCUCUUCCCUCGAUUACACGAAACGUUGUCCGCGAACGGCUUCUCGGUGACGUUUUUUUGCCCGCGGUGGUUUCUGUGCGCGUUUAUCGGGGUGUUGCCGGAUGAGGUGGUGAAGAAGGUGUUCGAUGCGCUCUUGUUUCACUUGUGGACGCAGAAACAGCAACAACAACAACAACAGCAGCAACAGCAACAACGGGCGACGACGAGUUCUUCGUCUCCUUUAGCUUCGGGAUGCUGCUCGGAGAUGCUCGUGGCGUUUAGCUUGACGACGUUGAGCUUUGUUCAAGAUGAACUCGAUGCGAGAAGGACGAGCGACGUCGACUGUGAAGCGAUAGUAUUAGCGAUUAGAGAUGCGACAAAAAGCAUCGACGGUGAGGUGUUUAUGAAACGCUUCGCGGAAAUAUCCUUUUCUUCGCGGUCGUCGUCGUUAGAGAAUACGAAAGAGGAAGGAAGAAAGAUAACAAAAACGAGGAAACGCGCGCGUUACGAAGAGGACGACGAUGACGAAGAAGAACAAAAAGAGGCAAACACCAGAAUGAAAACGCCAAAGACGGCGUCACUGGUGGGCAGUAAGAAAUAUAACCAUCUGCAACCAACGCCAUUAGCACCACCGAUUGGAAGUGCGGUGAAGCGCGUCUUGACUCCAAUCGCGAACUAUUUCUUUUCCAUCAACCCGAACGACGAACCGGCGCAGCCGCAACAGAAAUCUCCUGCGAUGAAAACAGCAACAACAACUGCAAAGACGCCACAAAGCUCGCGUUUGAAAGCUACGUACGCGAUUUCGACAAAUAAGAAACGGCGAAUGGAAACAGUGAGAACUUUUGAAACGCCAAUCGACGAUCCGGAAGGAUACGAACGAGAUUUACUCGAAUUACUAAGAGCCGAAGAACAUCAAGCGAUGACGCCGGUUAGAAAAAUUACAAUAGCACCUGUAGGCGAUGAAAAUUGCUGCGAUACUAUACCAACUAUGGCGGUUGGAUUCUUUAGCCCGAGAGCGGCUAAAGAAUUAGGACCGGAAGCGAGGCGUUUGGAAACUAUACGCUCGCCUUUGUCGCCUUUGAUGAGCUUUCGCUGA